GUUGGGCGCCUCGUCGCUCAUGGCCGCGUUCUGGGUCGCCGGGAAGAUGAGCAUUUCCGCUUCUCCCUCCGCCUCCUCUGCGGGCCCCGGCGGCGCUUAGGCCGCGCUCGCUCGGGACGGGGCGUGAUGCCGCCGCCGCCCCUCUGGCUCCUGCCGGGGCUGCUGGUGAUUGCGGCGUUGUGCGGCGGAGUGGUUCCCCCGGCGGCCCCCACGCCUCCGCGGCCGCCGCCUGUCACCCCGCGCAGCUCCGGCUCUCCCGGCGGCGAGACGACGCGGAGCGGCAAUGCGAGUAGCAGCAGCCGCCAGGUCCCGAGGCCCGAGACCGGCCAGCUCAUGACCCAGCGCGCCCUCUCCGUGCUCGUCUUGGCCAGCGCCGCGCUUAUCGUCUACUUCGUGAUCCGGACUGUGCGAUUGAGACGAAGAAACAGAAAGACACGGAGGUAUGGUGUUUUGGACACAAACAUAGAAAAUAUGGAGCUGGCACCAUUAGAACAAGAUGAUGAUGAUGACGAUACAACAUUGUUUGAUGCCAACCAUCCUCGAAGAUAAGGAUGUGCCUUUCAGGAAAACACUUCAGUCGCAGAGCAACAAAAGGAAGCUAUGCAGAAAGAAUAAGAAGCCAAUUUGGGGGUUGGAGGUAUACAUGAUAUGUAUAUUAUGGCAUCCUUAGCUUGUUGCUGUAAACACUGUAAUAUUUUACUGUACCUUUGUAUAUACAGAAAUAUUUUACGUUUGAAGCCUAUGGAAAUAGUGCACUCGACAAAUCCACUUUAAAUAGGGUGUUUUCUGCUUGUGUUAAUUCUGUAUUGUAGAAUUCCCUCAUAAAACACUGGACUCAAAUACAGCUGGUGAGUUUCCUGGCAAACCAGCUUUUUAAAAAAAAAUCAAGCAUAGUAAUUUGUGUAACUCCUCUGCAGCUGGAUGUUCAUUUUAUAGAGAUACCUUCUCUAUUUUGGAAAUGCCAAAUCCAACUCCCUAUGUGGGUUUGUUUUCUUAUUUAAAUUAGAUGUGGGUUGUUGGGUGUGCACUGUCAAUCUAUGUAAGUGAUACAAAUAAAUACUUAGUGUUCCUAA